UCUCCCCGCCCCGCCCGACCCCUGAGAAAGAGGCACGUCCCUCGCCGCCUGAGGGGGUGGGGAAGCGGGUAGUGAACUCGGACCCAUCUGGGAGGGGGGAGUGGAAGUUCCCGCCCCGGACAGCAGCGAGGCGGCAGCCACAGGUAUCAUCUUUAUCAGAAAGUGAGGAAUCUCAGGACUCAUCUGACAGUAUAGGCUCCUCGCAGAAAACCCACGGGAUCCUAGCACGGCGCCCAUCCUACAGAAAAAUUUUGAAAGACCUAUCUUCUGAAGAUACACGAGGCAGAAAAGGAGACGGAGAAAACCCUGGAGUUUCUGCUGUCACUUCUAUGUCUGUUCCAACUCCCAUCUAUCAGACUAGCACUGGACAGUACAUUGCCAUUGCCCCAAAUGGAGCCUUACAGCUGGCCAGUCCAGGCACAGAUGGAGUACAGGGACUUCAGACAUUAGCCAUGACAAAUUCAGGUAGUACUCAGCAAGGUACAACAAUUCUCCAGUAUGCACAGACCUCUGAUGGACAGCAAAUACUUGUGCCCAGCAACCAGGUGGUUGUACAGACUGCAUCAGGGGAUAUGCAGACCUAUCAGAUCCGCACCACACCUUCAGCUACUUCGCUGCCACAAACUGUGGUGAUGACAUCUCCUGUGACUCUUACCUCUCAGACAACGAAGACAGAUGACCCCCAGUUGAAGAGAGAAAUAAGGUUGAUGAAAAACAGAGAAGCUGCUCGAGAAUGCCGCAGAAAGAAGAAAGAAUAUGUGAAAUGCUUGGAAAACAGAGUUGCAGUCCUGGAAAAUCAAAAUAAAACUUUAAUAGAAGAGUUAAAAACUUUGAAGGAUCUUUAUUCCCAUAAAAGUGUUUGAUACAUAAGAAAAAAAAAAUUUGUGGACUUGGCUGAAAAUUAGAUGGAUUUCUUUUUAGUGGAUUUUUACAAGUUGAAAGGUCAAAAAUGAAGCUUUAUGUUUAGGCUUUUGCAACUCAAGGAUAAAAUAUCUUAUGCAAGCAAUCUGGUGACAGAUAAAGUGGAAAAUGACCUCAAAGAAGUUACUGGCACAACUGGAAACUAUAAAAAUUACAGCUUUCUCAAGCAGCAGGAAAUGAACUUUCAGCAAUUUGAAUUUUCUAAAUAACCACAGUUGUCAAUAAUCCAAAAAUGGCAGAAGAUGAAAUUUGGCAAAUUGAGUUUUUAAAAAUAAAUCCAUUUAUCCUAUAGGUUUGCAUUUUUUACUGUUUUCUAAAAUUUACCUUUUUCAAGUGUGUCUGUAUAUAUGUUUUGUUUCUGCCAAUAAAUUCUAAGUUACAAAUGUAAAAGAAAAGCUAAUACAUAACUAGAUGUAUAAAUUAUGUGUUCUCAUUAUGUAUACUUGUUCUAUUAUCAAGUCUUUUAAAUGAGUUUUUAAAAGUUUGUUUUACUGGAUCUGAGAGGGUUUGGAGACUGGGCUAACGAGGUGUGAGGCCUGUCCUAAAGUGGUGGCUUUGUAGCGUUUUUAAUCAAAAGGGAAAAAGAACUGUUUAAAAGUUUUAUACCUUUAAAUAAUUUGUGUUUUAGUUGCUCUGGGAAUGGUGAUUUUCUACAAAUACAAAUUGUUUUUUGAUUCUGUAAUCUGUAUGCAGUUGAAUACACAUUUCUUACUGUUGUGCUUUAAUAGAAUGGAAUGUUUACAGGCCCUUGAGGUGAUAUUAGAGUAUUUUUUUAAAACUUUGUGAAGAUAUGUACCAAAGUUUUCCAAGAGAAUUUUAUAAUCAAUUUAAUGUAAGGUUUAUUAGAUUCUAAAAUAGUACAGUUAUUAAGGCAAUUUUAUGUUAAGAAUCUAUUUUGUAAUGUAGUGAAUGGUACAUUUAUAAGAAAAUGGCUGCCAAUAUAUUUUUAUAGCUAAUCUUUAUAAAUUCUAAUGUUGAGUUUUUAAUGAUUAUUUUAAAGGUUUAUAUAGUUUAGUUAAAAAAUAUUUUGCAUCUCAAAGUAUCAUUUUAUAUUAUGGGAAGUCAAGUUUCCUGAUUGGCUGGUAUUCGAAUUGUAAGUUUUAUAUGCAGUUUACCCAAAAUUCAAAAGUGCUGUGGCAUUGAUGAUGUAGCGGUGAGUAUAGCUGACUUCCAGAAUUCAAAAACGCUGUCAGUAUACCAGUAUUUAACCUUGUAUUCCAGUUUGUAUACACUUUGAAAUUGUACUGCAUAACUGUUGUGUGCUUCUUACAUAAUAUUUGUCAUGCUGUUGUCUCUGAAAUUAAAGGACAUUUGAUAAAAUUAAGUUUGCUGAAUGUAAAAUAUACAUUAAUUGAUAUAUGGAUGACAAGCUCCUGACAGCUAUUCUGUUAAUUAUACUAACUAUAGUAUAUUUUAAUUUUAAAAUGAGAAUA